AUGCUCCAUAGUCAAACACUUGUUUGUUUUAUAUCAGCAGCAUUUACCACGCCAAGGGCCAUCCUGACUGGCCAUGACUGUGAGGUGACCUGUGUAAGUGUUUGUGCCGAGUUGGGUCUCGUCAUCAGCGGCUCCAAAGAGGGUCCUUGUCUGAUCCAUUCUAUGAAUGGGGACCUGCUACGAACCCUUGAGGGACCAGAGCGCUGCCUUCGACCACGACUCAUUCAGUCCUCCACCGAGGGUCACUGCAUGAUUUAUUACGACAAGGGACAGUUUUGUCUCUUCAGUGUCAAUGGAAAACUUCUUAGACACAUGGAGGUUGAAGACAGCGUCAAGGCCAUGCUUCUUAGUCGAGAUGGUCAGUAUCUCCUGACAGGUGGGGAUGGAGGUGUGGUAUCUGUAUGGCAGGUUUAUGACCUCAAACAGCUCUUCACUUACCCGGGCUGUGACGCCGGAAUCCGCUCCAUGGCCAUGUCACAUGACCAAAGGUGCAUCAUCACCGGCAUGGCAUCUGGAAGCAUCGUACUUUUCUAUAACGACUUCAACAGGUGGCAUCACGAGUACCAGACCAGGUACUAA